CUCUUUAUAAAUUAUCCCCCACCUCUUUCCCUUUUCAAUACCUUCAACAAAGAAUCAAAUCCAUUAAUUCUUCAUUCUUCCAGUUCCCAUGGCUUCCCUUCUUUCAACUUCAGCUACUCCUUCAUCCGCCCUUCUUCUUCCCACAACUCCCCGAAUCCAAUGCACCCAAUUCGCCAGCGUCUCCAUGAUCUCUGGUGGACAAAGACUUGUGAUCUUGAAGGCAGAGAAAAGAUCAUCACCACUUUCUCACUGCUUAAAGACCACCAUUUCAUGCUCCAUUGCUCAACCAGAGACACUGAAAAUAGUGCAGGCCACCAUUGCUAAUCAGUUGUCGAUUGAUGAGAGCACAGUCGCUCCUGCAACUAAAUUCGCCGAUCUUGGUGCUGAUUCUCUCGACACUGUUGAGAUUAUGAUGGCUUUGGAAGAGAAGUUUGGAGUGUCAAUCGGCGAAAGUGGAGCUGAAAACAUUUCGACUGUUCAAGAUGCUGCUGAUCUGAUCGAGAAAGUGAAGACAGAUGCUUAAGCUUUUAAACUCAACACCUAUAUAUAUGAUCAGAUAUAUAUAUAUAACCAAAUUUGCUUGGUUUCUUUCCUUUCUGAUGAUUUUUGCGGGUUUGUAAUUCGUUUCUGACGAUGUCGUAC